AUGUCUCUAUUUAGUGUCAAACUGAGUGGAAAGUCUUCGCUAUCUAGAGUGAGUAAUAUCUCAGAAUUGGAAAAGGGUAGAUUUUAUAUUGAAGUUCCAGAUCUAGUGAUUGAGCAUAACAUUAACCUUAUGGCUCUGACUCUAGUUGGAAACAUUUUGGGACCUAGACCGAUUAUUGAUGUUGUCAAGGCAUUUGCUAAACAUAAAUGGGUGCUCAAAGGUCAAGUGGAGAUCACAACCAUGUCCAAAGGUGUCUUGUCUAUGUCCUUUUCAUGUGUGGAAGAUAUGUCGAGGGUGCUUUGUGAUGGCGCUUGGUUGAUUGGAAAAUCCAUGCUUGCUCUACAAAAAUGGUUGCCUAAGAUGGACCUAAAUGAAUCUUUUUUUGUACAAACUCCUAUUUGGGUCAAAUUACAUAGCCUUCCACUAGAGUUUUGGGUUGAAUAUGUUUUCAAAGGAAUCACUAGUUCCUUUGGGGAACUCUUAUCUAUGGACCCUAUCAUAGCGGCUAGAAGAAGACUCGCCUUUGAAAGGAUUUGUGUGGGAGCUAUGAAAGGAACGGAUAUGCCUUUAUCUAUUGCAAUUAACUCCAAAUUGGGGAAGUGGGUGCAACCUAUGGAAUAUGAAAGUGUCCCUUUUACAUGUUUUCACUGCAAAAAAUCAGAGCAUACUGCUAAAAAAUGCCCUCUCCAAGUUGUCAAAGAGAAAAAGAAGAAAUACAAGACAAUGCAAUGGAGAGCCAAAAAUCCUGCUAAGCAACUAGUGAUUGCUGAAGGGAAAGAAAUGGUAGAAGAAGCCAAGAGUGUUAUCAUCUUGAACACUUUUGAGAAACAGGGGAACAAUAAUUUGGAAAACCUAAAAAACCAUAGGUUUGAAGGUGGGAAAGAGGAUCAAAUAGGAAAAGAUGAGAGAGAACGGCAAAACGCCAUUCUGGAUGAAAAACGAAGUGAUAACUUGGAAGAUGAAGAAAUACAGGUGGUUCUGUAG